AAGGCUCAUAGCGCAGGUUCAGACUUCACAGAAGCAGCUCUCAGGACUUCAGAGGAAUCAAGCGCCCUGUGUUGUGACUGUCUAUUUUGAGGAGUUGUAUUUUUCUCACAAGCGAGACCAUGCAUCUCAGAAACGUGAGGCUGGUUAUCAUCGGUCUGCUUUGCCUCACACAUCCCUCUCUCCAGCAGUCCUCGAACAAAAAGAAGAAAGAUGGGUCUAAUACAGCAGCUAUUGAGGAGCUGAAGAAGCAGGUUGAUAACAUUGUGUUGGAGCUGAACUUGGUGAAGGAGCAGCAAGCCUUACAGACAGUCUGUCUGAAGGGCAUCAAGGUCCCCGGCAAGUGCUUCUUAUCGGACGCCACGAAGAAGAACUUCCACGCCGCCAACGAAGCCUGCAUGGCCCAGGGAGGGGUCCUCGGCACUCCGGUGUCGGGAGCGGAGAACGACAAGCUUCACGACUACGCCCGGCAGACCAUCGGGGCGGAGGAGCACAUCUGGCUGGGCAUCAACGACAUGGUCACCGAGGGAACCUGGCUGGACCAGGGCGGCAACGCGCUGCGCUUUAAAAACUGGGAGACGGAGAUCACACACCAACCGGAUGGCGGGCGCUCCCACAACUGCGCCACCCUCUCCCACACCACCGGGAGAUGGUUCGACGAGAACUGCCGGGCCGAGAGGGCCUUUGUGUGCGAAUUUAAUAUAGUGUGACCUUACUAGGCCACCUCAGUUCACUGAUUUGACCAGCGCAAGUUCAUAUAUCAUCAGUAUCGGUGCAUUGAGAAUAUGUAGAGUUCAAGCAUGGUAUAUUGUUGGUUAAAACUAUACUAUACGACUACAGCAUGUUACUUCACCUUUAUUUGAUUUUCAAGAUUAAAGAUUGGAUAGCCGAUCAAGCGCGAGAGUGCUCCAACAGAUGAGAUGUUACUACAUGCCUGUGUAGGUGAUGGAGACAGUUAUGAAGAAAGCUGUUGAUGAGCAGGCCACAGAAUAAAGAGUUAUCAGAAUUAUUAUGCAUCGAGUGGGAAAGAGAAGGAUCUAUCUGCAUGCAAUUUCUUUAUUAUUUUAAAGAACAAAUCUAACCGUACAUUACUUACUCUUCAGUGUAUUUGUGUUUUAACAAAACAUAUGCGGUCUUGAAUGAUGUAAGUAACAUUUUCAAUAAAACCGCAACACAGCAUGGAAUA